AUGCUGACCCCUGUACGAUCAUGCAUGCCGAACAUAUAUUAUAAAUGCCUGAUAUUUACUUCUCACGGUGACAAUAUUCGGCUUCAUUGCGGUCUUUCUCUCUGUCUCACUAACUCUAUCUUUCUAUAUCUAUCUAUCUAUCUAUCUAUCUAUCUAUCAAUCAAUCUAUCUAUCUAUCUCAGUCUAUUCAUAUCUAUCUAUUUAUCUCAGUCUAUUCAUAUCUAUCUAUCUCAUCUGUUCAUAUCUAUCUAUCUAUGUCAUCUGUUCAUAUCUAUCUAUCUAUCUAUCUAUCUAUGUCAUCUGUUCAUAUCUAUCUAUCUAUCUCAGUCUAUUCAUAUCUAUCUAUCUAUCUAUCUAUCUAUCUAUCUAUCUAUCUAUCUAUCUAUCUCAUCUGUUCAUAUCUAUCUAUCUAUCUAUCUAUCUAUCUAUCUCAGUCUGUUCAUAUCUAUCUAUCUAUCUAUCUAUCUAUCACAGUCUAUUCAUAUCUAUCUAUCUAUCUCAGUCUAUAUCUAUCGAUCUAUCUAUUUAUCUAUCUAUCUAUCUAUCUAUCUCAGUCUAUUCAUCUACCUCAUCUAUUCAUAUCUAUCUAUCUAUCUGUCUGUUCAUAUCUAUCUAUCUAUCUAUCUAUCUAUCUAUCUAUCUUACAAUAUUACCAUAUUUUCCUUAUCAUAA